UUAAUUAUUAUUUCCCUUUACUUUCGUCCUCAAAUAUUUCUGAAACACACACACCAUAUAAAAUUAUAAACAUUACAAACUAAACUUCCUCCUUUGCUUCUCACAAUCUCCACCUAAUGGAAUUUUCUUCCCUCGUCGUCCUCUCGUUGGACGGCGGGUGGAACCCAUGAUCUCCUCCUUCUCUUCCACCACACAAACUCUAUUGUACAAUUCAAAUCGAGAAGAAAGAAUUUAAUAAGAUGUCCCGUGGAUUUACUCCGCCGUUUCAAUUGUUGGAGCUAAAUAUGAUAUCCGCCCAAAAUCUUGCAAAGGUAUCUCGUAAGAUGAAGACGUACGCGGUUGCCUGGGUUCACCCUGAGCGCAAACUUUGUACCACCGUCGAUAAUCAAAGCGACAACAACCCCACCUGGAAUGACAAGUUUGUCUUUCGCGUCGACGAUGAGUUUCUUUACGGUGAGACAUCCGCCAUUAUGAUCGAGAUCUAUGCCGUCAAUUGGUUCCGCGACGUUCAAGUCGGAACCGUUCGCGUAACUGUCGGAAACCUCAUUCCCCCUCCACAACUUCACCGUCAGCACCACAUUCGGCUUGGCAUGCGCUUUGUUGCCCUUCAGGUACGUCGUCGCUCUGGAUGUCCUCAAGGGAUUCUCAACAUUGGGGUUGCGAUUCUUGACCCCUCUAAGCGAAGCAUGCCAUUGUACACCCAGAAUGCCUCUGCUAUUGGUUACCGUCAUUUGAUGGGCGAGAAGGAUCCUCGUAUGCAUAAAGAAGAUGAGAAAAAUAGUGAUGAGCAGAACCAAUUAUUGCUUCCAUGGACUCCCAAGCCUGAGUUGAGACGUAUAAAGAGCGACACCAGCUCCAUGAUCGGCUCAGUCAUGGUUCCUAAGAGAACGACAAAUAAAAGGAAGGCUGGUUCGAUGGUCAAUGGCUCAGCUUAUGAGAAACAGAAUUCAAAUGCUAGCUCGAUGAUCACUGGUUCCGAGAUUAACACGAAAGGUAACAAGAGCAAGCCUGAUUCAACUUCUAAUGGAUUGGGAUAUGGCGCAUUGACAAUGGCUAAAUACAAGUCUCGCAUAUCCGGCGGCAAGAACACUAUAAAGAAAAACCACCAUGGUUCAUUUGACGAUAUUUCUUCCUUGAAAUUCAACCAGUUGGAGUUGGACAUUGGGAAAUUGAAUUUUGAAAAUCAAAAUAGGAUGAAUUUAAAUGGUGGCGUGCCGCUUAUAUCCGAAUCAGAACUGGGUCCAUCAGCAUCGGAGGUGGCGGCGAAAGUGGCAAGGAAACGAAAUCACUCCGGGAUUGAAGAAAUGGAGAGCGAGAUAAUAAGUUCUUGGAGCUUGGAAAGCGGUAUGGAAGGCCUCCAAUCGAAAUUGGAAAGAUGGAGAACGGAGCUCCCACCUGCAUACGAUCAUAGUGAUUUAUCCAGCAGUUUGUGCAGCGGACACGAAAUUAGGCGUAGGAUAAGAAGCAGCGAAAGCGACAUCGACGGGGUAUUUUCAUGCUUCAUUACCUUAGGCAGUUUCGAAUGCUCCAUUGUUUGUGGCGGACCCUCCACGAGGAAAAAAUCCGGCCGAGUGAAACGAAGCUCCUCAUUGAGUAGCCUUAGUUUUCUUUAACUCGGUCCCAAUUUGAGGUCUUGUAACUACCUGCGUUUUGCUAAAAUGCGCUGGACGUGUUUGUGGUCUUCCAUGUAAGGGAAGGUUUGGGGGAAAUGGGCACAUGUUAAAAAUGUGAACACCAGGGGAGGAUGACGGGGAACUGAUGUGGGUUGAAGAAUUUUUCUCUUUUCUUUUCUUU